AUGUCCAGCAAGGGUCCAAGGAGGCUCGGCGUGAUCGCCGGCCACUUCGACACGACCGCCGCGGCGCAGCAGCCGGGCCGCUUCGCUGGCGCGGGCCCCGGCGCCGCCGCGCUCGCCAGCUUGCUGGACGGCGAUACGCCGGCGCGCGCGGAGCUGCGGCAGCGCAUGACGCAGCACAUGAAGAACGAUCCGGACCUGUACACACCGUGA